AUGCUUGCCACGCUGAUAGUUAUCACCAUAUCGACACCAAUUUUCGUGAUUGCAGCAGUACCUCUAGGUGUCGCCUACUUUUUUAUUCUGAGGUUUUAUGUUCCAACGUCUCGCCAGCUCAAACGACUUGAAAGUAUUCAUAGAUCUCCCAUUUAUUCCCACUUCGCCGAAACUAUCCAGGGGGCGAUAUCUAUUCGUGCUUUCAACAAGGUGUCUUCUCUAUACUUCCUUAUCUCAAUCUCUGUGGAAGAUUUCCGCAACGCGUCUGCUAAAGUUGUCGAUGCUUUCAUCAAAUGUAGAUACUCGAAUGUAGCCGCAAAUCGAUGGUUAGCCAUUCGACUGGAGUUUGUAGGAAACUUAGUGAUUUUUUUUGCUGCUCUUUUCGCAGUAAUUUCAAGAGAAUUAGGGUGGGUCACCGAUCCCGGAGUUAUUGGAGUAUCAAUCACAUAUGCUCUCACUAUCACUGAAGUUCUAAACUUUGGAGUACGCCAGAUUAGCGAGAUUGAAGCGAAUAUUGUUGCAGUGGAGCGAAUAAACGAGUAUACUGUCUCGCCAACCGAGGCUCAGUGGGAAUCUGAACGUAAGCCACCGAGCGGUUGGCCCUCUCAUGGCACCUCAUUGCGACGAUUCAGAUAUCGAGAUGGUCUCGACCUCGUUUUGAAAGGAAUCUCUGCUGAUGUACACGAAGGAGAGAAAAUAGGAAUUGUAGGAAGAACGGGAGCAGGGAAAAGCUCAUUUGCGCUUGCACUUUUUCGAAUGAUUGAACCCGUUUCCGGAAAGAUUUUUAUUGACGAUAUCGAUACCUCAGUAGUAGGACUGCACGAUUUGCGAAAUGGCUUAACCAUUAUUCCACAGUUUUUCGUGCUUUUUCUGGAUCAAACCCGGGCCCAAUGUAAAGUGUGGUAA